AGGAGUUGCCCAGAGGGAGGCAUAGGAAGCGCCCCCAAUGCUUCCCUAUGGGCCAGGGUUCCUAGUGCUUCCUUAUGGGCAAGUGCUGUCGCUGGUUUUCGCAGGCUGAGAGGGGUCUGGGGGUCAGCAGGGGACAGGAGAAAUGGCCGCAGAGGACUCACAAUCCCUGUUGGCUUCUAUAGAAGAAGAAGGAGGACAUUGGCAGCUACUUGCUGAGCGACAUUUUAACACAGGCAGCUAUCUAAGGUAAAUGUUUCCAUAACCUUAUGGAGAGAAAGGACUUUGAAGCAUGGCUUGAUAAUAUUUCUGUUACGUUUCUCUCUCUGACGGACUUGCAGAAAAAUGAGACGCUGGACCACCUGAUUAGCUUGAGUGGGGCCGCCCAGCUCAGGCACCUCUCCAAUAAUCUAGAGACCCUCCUCAAACGGGACUUCCUCAAACUCCUCCCGCUGGAACUCAGUUUCUAUUUGUUAAAAUGGCUUGACCCUCAGACCUUACUCACGUGUUGCCUCGUCUCUAAGCAGUGGAACAAGGUCAUAAGUGCCUGUAUGGAGGUGUGGCAGGCUGCUUGUAAGAACCUGGGCUGGCAGAUCGAUGACUCGGUCCAGGAUGCUUCGCACUGGAAGAAGGUGUACUUGAAGGCCAUCUUAAGGAUGAAGCAACUGCAGGACCAUGAAGCCUUUGAGACCUCCUCACUGAUCGGACACAGUGCCAGGGUGUAUGCACUUUACUACAAGGAUGGACUUCUGUGUACAGGUUCAGAUGACUUGUCUGCCAAGCUGUGGGAUGUGAGCACUGGGCAGUGUGUCUAUGGGAUCCAGACCCACACCUGUGCAGCAGUGAAGUUUGAUGAGCAAAAGCUUGUGACGGGCUCCUUUGACAACACCGUCGCUUGCUGGGAGUGGAGCUCAGGGGCCAAAACCCAGCACUUCCGAGGCCACACUGGAGCAGUUUUCAGUGUGGAUUACAACGAUGAGCUUGACAUCCUGGUCAGCGGCUCAGCAGAUUUCACUGUGAAAGUCUGGGCCUUGUCCACUGGCGUGUGUCUCAAUACAUUGACCGGACAUACAGAAUGGGUCACAAAGGUGGUCUUGCAGAAGUGCAAAGUCAAAUCCCUCAUGCAUAGUCCCGGGGAUUACAUCCUUUUAAGCGCAGAUAAAUAUGAAAUCAAGAUCUGGCCCAUUGGAAGAGAAAUCAACUGCAAAUGCUUAAAAACCCUGACUGUUUCGGAGGACCGCAGCAUCUCCCUGCAGCCCCGGCUACACUUCGAUGGAAAAUACAUUGUGUGCAGUUCAGCCAUUGGGUUGUACCAGUGGGACUUUGCCAGCUAUGAUAUUCUCAGGGUUAUCAAACCACCCGAGUUUGCAAACUUGUCCUUGCUGGGUUUUGGUGACAUUUUUGCCCUCCUGUUUGAUAACCACUACCUGUACAUAUUGGAUUUGAGGACAGAGAAACUGAUCAGCCGUUGGCCCCUGCCAGAAUACAGGAAGUCGAAGAGAGGAUCCAGCUUCUUAGCAGGGGAGAUGGCUUGGCUGGAUGGUUUGGACGGUCAGAACGACAUGGGCCUGGUUUUUGCCACUAGUAUGCCCGACCACAGUAUCCAUCUGGUUUUGUGGAAGGAGCACGGCUGAAAACGGGGAAAGGCUGGUGGAAUAUGUGACAUAGCUUUUUAAGAAAACGAAACAAAAAACCCUACAAAAAUUGAGACUGCCAGCGAUGGAUCAGAGAGAGGAGACUUUGCAUGAACCAAAGCUGCACAUCUUAAUGGAUAUCAUCAUGCAAUGCACAAUCGUUUUAUCUUUUUAAUCUCUUCGUCCUUUUACGAGAGGAAGAUUGGAGGAAAGGGGCGGGGAUGGUUUAUUUGAUUUGUUUUUAAACAUUACGCAUCAGGGCAUGCUAACAGCCUCCAUCACUGCCUCAUGUAAAUUCAUGUUCAAAAACAUACACAUCUGAGCAUUUUGAUCAACUAUGGUUUUUGUUUUGCUUUGUUUUCUUGGGGAGGGGUGCUGUUCAAAAGAAAAGUGUAUUUGGAGCUGUAUCCAGUGCUGGAUUUCUGGUUGACCAAGAGCACAGUUCAGCACAAGGGAAAGUGCAGUCUCCCUUCCUUCCUGCAGCAUCUCAGAAAUCCUUCCAGAGCACCCUUUUUGGUGCUAUAAAGGGCUGCAAGGAGGGAGAGGAAAGAAAGAAAGAAUCCCAGUGCCACCCCAAGCAUUAUAUUUGUUUCUCAGAGACCUCCUUAGUCUUCUUCCCCCAAAUACCUCUUUCGAAAUGGGUGGAGAAGAUGGUUAUUAAUCAGAAUCCCCUUUUAAAAGAAAUACCUUAUUCACAGCCAGUAUGAAAUGUGUGAUCGCUAUAUAAAAACAAACCAAAACUACUGGUUAAUCAGUUUAUAUAUGUCUGGUGUUAUUUGCCCCCCCUAACUCUUUUGCUUUUUGUCUUGCGUCCUGUCAGUGACUUAUGCACAUGUAAGUGCAUCUUAUGUAUGCAAAAGCCUCUUUUGGGGUGGGAUGCAGAGGGCUAUCCUGUUAACCUUGGGCUCCAUUCAAAAACCUCCUAUGCCUGGCAGCUGGGAAAGUAUGAAAAGGGCUGAUGUUGCUCAUUUUUAGCAAAAGGAAAGGUAGGAAGACAAUUCAGACCAUGAAGACUUGGCUGCUUUAAGCUCCUGAGGGAAGGAAAAAGGCAGAUGCGUUCCGCUUGAGAGUAGAUGCUAAUUUCUUCCUUGGACUGAGAUCUGCUGCUUCAUUACAGUCUGAAUUGUCACCCACUUUCCUUCACUGAUAAGCAACAGCAUCUGGGGUCCUUUCCAGGGCUUGAUAGCUGCUAAAUGUUGGGAGGACAUGGCACUGUGUGUUUGUGUAGCUGUGUACAUGUAUCCGAUCUUGGUCAUUUGCACACCCACACUCUGUUCUUGGUACAACUCAGAAGAGACCGUGGCUGUGUGCACAAUCCUACUAGCCCUCAUAAGACAUAAAAACCAUGAGCAGCUGAACCAGAAGAUGCUGCAGGUAUCUGUAUGACGUAAUGUGCGCCUAGUGGCUUUUACAUCUAGAGUCUUAGCAAUGUUCAAUGGUGUGGCAUAUACAACCUAAAAUCUUGCCCAUGGUCUCAUAGAAGCAGGUACAAGGAGUAAGAACGGUAUCUCCUCCAAGAGCUUUGUCUUAUGGGACAAAUUCUUGGUUCGGACCACAGCCUUUCUGCUUGAAUCAUGGAACAGACGUCUCUUUCUGUGGUUUUCAGUAACAACUACAAGCAGAGAGCGGCCUCCAUUCACAGCAUGAUUCAAUUAAUCAUUUUACAGGCUUCAUGCUAGCAGAAAGUGUCUUUCUGGGCUCCACUGAAAGAGCUGUCACUGCUGUUGCUUCUGAAUCAAGUGAGAAAAUGACAAGGAUGGUGAGUAACAAGGAAUAAUAGCUGUUGACAUAGCCUCUUCAUGAAUAUAAGAGGGCAAAGGAGGGUAGGAAAUGACCAUUUUAUUCCCAUUCAUUUGGAGUGUUGGUUUGAACAGCUAAGCUGUAUAAGCAUUCAGAGGUUUCGGUUUCUGGGGUGGCUUAUCUGUAGGGCUAUUUCCCCAGCCCUUUAAAAAAAAUAAUCAAAGUGCACCACAAAUCUUUUGUACAUGACAAUUUGGUGUCUACUGAGUUUGUGCUGAACCUUGGCAAAUCCUCCAUUUCAAAACCUGACUGUCGAUCAAAUGGGAAAACAUCAUAGCAGGGAAAUGUAUGGGGCAGGAAUGGGAUACGGACCUUUCCUUGCCCUGUAUGGUUCUAUUCUCCAAGAAAAGCUGGAACGGAGGUGGUUGCCUCCUUCUGGCAUGUGCUAUCAAUGUUUACACCAACAAUAUUAAUAAAACCGGCCUGGUUUACUA